UGCGAGAGAGAGCCGCACUGCAGCAGCCCAGCUCGGUGCUGGAGACAUGUGGCUUCAAAGGCAGGCCGAUUAAUUCCAGCUCUUCUUGGGGGGACGUGGGAUUAAGGAAGCCUGCCAGUCAAGAAGAUGCGACAGUGACGGGUGGCAGAGUCAUGGCUCAAGACAUGCAGCGGCUCACCUGAAUGGUCAGCAGCCGGCAGGGUUGGGGGGGGGGAAGCAUGACUUGGGGAACUGUGCAAGAUCUUGGAGCAGACACACUGCGAUGAAUAAUAUAUUUCAGGGUUGAACUGGAUACCUGAGGGAAAGGCUCUAAAUAAUGCAUUUCUGGGUCUCAACCGCGAUAGCCGAAGGAGACGUUGGAACUAGGGACAAGACAUCCGCCUAAGAUGAGAGAAUGUCUCAUUAUCAUUUCAUCAAAUGCUGCUGUUUCCAGCUAUGUAACGUUUUUCGAUCCCAUGACAUGGAAAUUGACCAGUGCUUGCUGGAAUCCCUCCCUCUCGGCCAGCGGCAGCGGUUGGUGAAGCGGAUGCGGUGUGAUCAAAUAAAAGCGUACUAUGAAUGGGAAAAGGCGUUCCUGAAGCAGGAAGGCUACGCCAAGAAGUCGAAACGCAGGAGGAAGCACAAAGUUCAUUUCAGCCCCUCGGACAUGAUACAGGAUGCCGUUGUAUGCCACGACGAUAAAGACGUUCUGCAGUUACUGAAAGAUGGUGUCGAUCCUCACAUAGUGAAUUCAUCAGGAAGUUCUUUACUUCAUCUGUGUGCCCGUUACGACAAUGGAUUUGUCGCAGAAAUACUAAUUGAGAGAGGAGUUAAUGUCAAUCAUCAGGAUGAGGACUUUUGGACACCGCUGCAUGUAGCUUGUGCGUGUGAUAACCCUGACAUUGUUCUCCUCUUGUUGUUGGCCGGAGCCAAUGUGCUGCUGCAGGACGUGAAUGGCAACAUUGCCCUUGACUACGCAAUGGAAGGGACUGAAUCCAGCUGUAUCCUCCUGGCGUACCUGGAAGAAAACGGUGUGGAACUAAAUUCUCUGUGCCAGAUGAAAACGCAGAAAGCUACAGCAAUGCUUGGGGAUGUCAGACAUCUCUUAUCCAGCGGAGGAACUGUGAAUCAGAAGAACGAUGAAGGCAUCACGUUG